AUGGGUGCCUAUUUAUCAUCGCCUAUUUGUGACAAAGAUACAAUUACAAGUUCAAAUGAUCGUUUAGCUUAUGCUGCAAGUUCCAUGCAAGGAUGGCGAAUGUCGCAAGAAGAUGCACAUAAUGCCAUACUUGAUUUCGAUGAUAAAACAUCAUUCUUUGCUGUUUACGAUGGUCAUGGGGGAGCUGAAAUAGCUCUAUAUUGUGCUCGGCAUUUGCCUGAUUUUCUAAAACAACUUGACUCGUACCAAGAAGGCCGAUUGAAAGAUGCAUUAAUUGAAGGCUUUCUUAAAUUUGAUUCUUUAUUACUUGAUCCAAACGUAAAAGAAAUUUUACAAACUUUGGCCGAUUUAAAGGAUAAGAAUGAUAAUGAUGAGCAAAUAGAUGAUGCAUCCGACGGUGUUAUUGUAUCAACAAAUGUAAGUGAAGAAUUAAAUGUUGAAGAAGCACAAUUAUUGAAAAAAGAAGCCGAAUUGCCUAUUGAAGAACUUCUUAAACGUUAUGGUGAUGACGGAAAAACUUUUCAAUCACCGAUGAUUUCUAAGAAUAAAGCACACAAUCUAUUGAAAGUGGACGAUAAAACUACAAAAAAUGUAGAAAAUCAGAAAGAACUUCAAAAUUCAGAAACAACAGAUGAUAAUACUUUGACUUCAUCGGUUACUUCAGAUCAAAAUAAAUCUGAUGUAAUUACACAUUCUGAUGAAGAAAAUAUUCCAGUAGAUGAUGUUUCGGAUCAUAAAACGACUGAAACUGCAUCGAAUUGUGAAAUUUCAGAUUCAACUGAAGUCAAACCUUCAUCUUCUGAACCUAAAACAGCAACUAAACGUCCUCGAAAACCAGUUUCAAAUGAAACAACAAUUCCUUCAUCAACAACAGUCAAAUCUAAAUCAUUAACACAUCAUUUACUUAGUGAAAAUACUGAUGAUUUGGAAGAUAACGACGACGAAGAAGAUGAAGACGAUUCUGAAUAUGAAGAAUCGGACGAUGAGACAAGUGAUGAUGAAGUUGCACUUAAUCAAGAAGAUGACGAAAAUGUCGCUGGCGAUGAAGAUCAAAAAGAAGAAGAAGAAGAAGACGACGAUGAAGAAGAAGAAGGAACAGAAGAAGAAGAGGAGGAGGAAGACGAUGAAAAUGAAAAUAAAAAAUUGGCAUCAAGUAAAGCAGCAGAAAUAAAAAAACUUAUGAAAAAGUCCAUAAUGGCUAUUUUAAAUCGGCAUUCCAAAAAGAAAAAACAUAAUGAUGAUAGUGACGAUGAUGCUAAAGAAAACCAAAAUGACGAUGACGAAGAAGAAGAUGGUGAUGACAAUGAAGAAGAAGAAGACGAUGAAGACGACGAUAACGAUACAGAAUUAGGUAAAAUGCUUGAUAUGAGUAGUGAUCCAGGUUCAUCAAGUGGAUGUACUGCUGUUGUUACACUUUUGCGUGAUAAACAAUUAUUUGUUGCUAAUGCCGGUGAUUCUCGAUGUGUCGUAUGUCGCAAUGGUCGAGCGAUUGAAAUGAGUGUUGAUCAUAAACCAGAAGAUACUGAAGAGCGUACGCGAAUAGAAAAAGCUGGUUACAAAGUAACAUUAGAUGGACGUGUUUCAGGUGGUCUUAAUUUAUCUCGAGCUAUUGGUGAUCAUGCAUAUAAGAAAACUGCUAAAUUACCACCCGAGGAACAAGCUAUAACUGCUUUACCCGAUAUUCGUAUGUUAACACUUGAAGAUCAAGAUGAAUUUAUGGUUAUUGCAUGUGAUGGCAUUUGGAAUUUUAUGUCAAGUCAAGAUGUUGUUGAUUUCGUGCGUCCACGUCUUAAGAAGAAACAAAUAUCUGAAAUAUGUGAAGAAUUAUUUAUGCAUUGUCUUGCACCAAAUACAAGUGGUGAUGGUACUGGCUGUGAUAAUAUGACAGCAAUUAUUGUUAAAUUUAACUUUAACAAACAAUCAACCACAGAGACAUCUCAAGAAUUAAAUGUAUCGAAAUCAAUGGAGCAUAGUCCAUGGCCAACAAUGUUUACACCAGUUAAUAAUAAACGAUCAUUAUCACCUGAACAUGUAGCAACAGAAGAAAUAGCUGAUGAUGAUAAUACUAGCAAAAAAUUUAAAACUAUUCCUGAGAAUGGUACAGAUGAAAUAACAUCGCCAUCGAAAACAACAGGUGGUUUCUCUUUUAAUUCGGCUAGUACAACGAAUAACAAUAAUUCAAAUGAUGAUCAACAACACUGA